AUGGCUUCCACCACAACCACAACAACCACGUCGGCCAGAACUUUGCGCUCCCGACCGUCAUUACCCCGACUGCGUGGGCCUUCGUCGUAUGCUUCAACUCCCAACUUGAAUGCCGUCUUCGCUGCGCAGUCUAAGCUGCUACCCCUGGGCCUAUCGCGAAAGACUUCGCUUGCAGCCCUUACCCCUAGUUCGCUGGCAAGUAUCCCUGAUGUCAGUGAGAGUUACGCCCUCGACACUGUAUUGAGCGACACCUCGCCAACCAUGGUUCCCGCGACGCCUGGCCGGCAGUCGGCCGAGGAACUCCUUGUCGGGGACGAUGUUGAUGUUCCUGGUGGAAUGUCCGGCACAGUUCGUUUUGUCGGCACUGUUCAGGGGAAGAAAGGGUCUUUCGCGGGUAUUGAGCUUCACCAUGACUUUGCUGCAAGAGGCAAGAACAAUGGCGAUGUGGAUGGUGUAUCCUACUUCACCACCUCAACACCAGGCGCGGGCAUAUUUGUCCCAGUGACAAAGGCGUCCCGGCGGGGAUCUCCUACCAGCUCAUUCCCAAUGACUCCGACUGCGAGUGUUAAUGGCGGAUUGAACGGAACAAACUACACACCCCCUGGCUUGCCCAAGUUCAGUGCUUCUAUCGGACCAGGUGUUAGAGCAUCAAGUCCACAAAGCAAACGACCACCGAGAACAUCGCUUCCAAGACCGGAUUCUCCCGUACGCCGGACUCAAAUGACUCCUGGACCUCGUCCUCCCAUCGGCACGCCAGCUCCCCGGCCCCCAGCAAGAUACGGCAGCCCUACGAAUAACAAUCGAUUUACGCAGAGUGUGCGUGGCACAGCUGGUGAUCCGAACAAAAAGCCAUCCCGUCUCGACCGAAAGCCAAGUAUUGGGCCUCGCAGUGCUUCUGCCCUGGGCUCUGCUUCGGGGUUCGAUGAGGAGUCGACGCCGUCGCUGCCUGGGAGCCCGCAGCGUGUUAGGCCAACCGGGCUUAGUGGUUCUGUGUCGGUUAUGAACUUGAGGCGUCCAGCAUCCCGAGCGAAUGCAGCAAACGAGGAGGAAUUGGAACGUCUUCGAUCUCAGCUUGAGGACCGGGACAGACAAUUGAAGGACCAAGCCACGGCCUUGGCCGAGAUGGAGAGCAGUCUCGUUGAACUCCAAGGCCUCAUUGAAAACACUGAUGGCUUGAAGGCGAGAAGAAAUAGCAUUGACGACAAGGACUCUGCCCAACUGCGAGCUAUGUUGCGGGAGAAGAAUGACAAGAUCGCCAUGCUCACUUCGGAGUUUGAUGCUCACCGAGCUGAUUUUCGGAGCACUAUCGAUACAUUAGAGAUGGCCAGCACUGAAACCGAACGGGUGUAUGAGAAGCGCAUCGAAGAGCUCAUGGGCGAGGUCCGCGAGCUGGAGGCUAGGAAUGUCGAUGUCGACUCAGUCGCCAGCCAGCUGAGGCAGCUCGAAGAACUUGUCCAAGAGCUUGAAGAAGGCUUAGAGGACGCUCGCCGUGGUGAAGCUGAAGCACGUGGGGAGGCCGAAUUCCUGAGAGGCGAAGUAGAGAGGACCAAGACGGAAUUGCGUCGAGAGCGGGAAAAACCUGGAUCCGGCAGCGGGUCUCAUACAGACAACAGCGCUCUGUCAAAGGAACUGGAACAGAAAGAAGAUGAGAUCAGAGGACUAAAGGCCAUUAUUCACUCUCUUAGCCGAGACUCUAUCGGUGAUGGAGAAGAACGAACACCUACCCAGCGGUCUGGGCCUUUCAUGAUGGGAGGCGACGACGGCAAGAUUGCUCGUGAAAACCUAGAGAGGCAGGUCACUGAGCUACAGUCGCUACUUGACAAGAAGAGCAUGAGGGAAGAGGAGCUUGAACAAGAACUUGAAGGUCUUCGGGGAGGCAGUCUCGCAGCCCAGAAAGCCCCGGGCCAUCGCUCGUCUCUCAGAGACUCUCGAGACACAGUCAUUCCUGUGCGAACUCACGAACCUCGGUCUCCCGAAUCAAACCAUAAGAGAGAAGCCAUCCAUAAGCGAGGUAACACACUGGAUACGAUGCAUGAGAGUGAUGCCUAUUCAACAGCCACAGAGAAUAGCACUCUCUGGUGCGAGAUUUGCGAGACCAGUGGACACGAUAUUCUGACCUGCACGAACAUGUUUGGUCCAGAAGGCGCUAAGACCAACAGUGAUAUGAAGACUGGCAAGGAUGUGGUCCGCGAGGGCCUGAAACCACAUAGCUCCCUUGGUGUGGAAGACGCCCAUCCGGCACCUCUUUCGCCUGUAAAACCCAGAGCAGCUGUUCCCGCUACGCCUACAAUCAAGAUUCUCCCGAACCCAAUGGAAUCUGGGCCCGUGGCGGGCAAGGAUAGUGGUGUUGUUGAUCCCGAGAAGUGGUGCGCAGUAUGCGAGCGAGAUGGUCAUGACAGCGUUGAUUGUCCAUUUGAGGAUGCCUUUUAG